GCCCGGCCCGGAGCCCGAGAGGCGCGCACCAUGAGUGGCGGCGAAGUGGUCUGCUCGGGAUGGCUCCGCAAGUCCCCCCCGGAGAAAAAGUUGAAGCGUUAUGCAUGGAAGAGGAGAUGGUUUGUGUUACGCAGUGGCCGUUUAACUGGAGAUCCAGAUGUCUUGGAAUAUUACAAAAAUGAUCAUGCCAAGAAGCCCAUACGAAUUAUUGAUUUAAAUCUAUGUCAGCAAGUCGAUGCUGGAUUGACAUUUAACAAAAAAGAGUUUGAAAACAGCUAUAUUUUUGAUAUCAACACUAUUGACCGGAUUUUCUACUUGGUAGCAGACAGUGAAGAGGAGAUGAAUAAGUGGGUGCGCUGUAUUUGUGACAUCUGUGGGUUUAAUCCUACAGAAGAAGAUCCUGUGAAGCCACCUGGCAGCUCCUUACAAGCCCCAGCUGAUUUACCUUUAGCUAUAAAUGCAGCCCCACCAUCCACCCAGGUGGAUUUAUCCUCUGCUGCUCUACCUCCUCCCUAUCAGCUACUCAACCCUCCACCACACCUGGAAUCUCUUGGUAUCCAAGAGGAUCCUCAAGACUACCUCUUGCUAAUCAACUGUCAAAGCAAGAAGCCUGAACCCACCAGAACGCAUGCUGAUUCUGCAAAAUCCACCUCUUCUGAAACAGACUGCAAUGAUAAUGUCCCUUCUCAUAAAAAUCCUGCUUCCUCCCAGAGCAAACAUGGAGUGAAUGGCUUUUUUCAGCAGCAGAUGAUGUACGACUCUCCACCGUCACGUGCUGCAUCUGUUUCUGUAGACUCCAGCCUUUAUAACCUGCCCAGGAGUUAUUCCCAUGAUGUUCUACCAAAGGUGUCUCCAUCAAGUACUGAAGCAGAUGGAGAACUCUAUGUUUUUAAUACCCCAUCUGGGACGUCAAAUGUAGAGACUCAAAUGAGGCAUGUAUCUAUUAGUUAUGACAUUCCUCCAACACCUGGUAAUACUUAUCAGAUUCCACGAACAUUUCCAGAAGGAACCUUGGGACAGACGUCAAAGCUAGACAGUAUUCCAGAUAUUCCUCCACCUCGGCCACCGAAACCACAUUCAGCCCAUGACCGAUCUCCUGUGGAAACGUGUAGUAUCCCACGCACGGCCUCAGACACUGACAGUAGUUACUGUAUCCCUACAGCAGGGAUGCCGCCAUCACGUAGUAAUACCGUUUCCACUGUGGAUUUGAACAAAUUGCGAAAAGAUGCUAGUUCUCAAGACUGCUAUGAUAUUCCACGAACAUUUCCAAGUGAUAGAUCUAGUUCGCUUGAAGGCUUCCAUAACCACUUUAAAAUCAAAAAUGUGUUGACAGUGGGAAGUGUAUCAAGUGAAGAACUGGAUGAAAAUUACGUCCCGAUGAAUCCAAACUCGCCACCACGACAACAUUCCAGCAGUUUUACAGAACCAAUUCAGGAAGCAAAUUAUGUGCCAAUGACUCCAGGGACAUUUGAUUUCUCUUCAUUUGGAAUGCAAGUUCCUCCUCCUGCUCAUAUGGGCUUCAGGUCCAGCCCAAAGACCCCUCCCAGAAGGCCUGUUCCUGUUGCAGACUGUGAACCACCCCCUGUGGAUAGGAACCUCAAGCCAGACAGAAAAGGUCAAAGUCCUAAAAUUUUAAGACCCAAACCCCAUGGUUUAGAGCGAACUGAUUCACAAACCAUAGGUGACUUUGCUACAAGAAGAAAGGCCAAGCCAGCACCUUUAGAAAUAAAACCUUUACCAGAAUGGGAAGAAUUACAAGCCCCAGUUAGAUCUCCUAUCACUCGGAGUUUUGCUAGAGACUCCUCUAGGUUUCCCAUGUCCCCCCGACCGGAUUCAGUGCAUAGCACAACUUCAAGCAGUGACUCACACGACAGUGAAGAGAAUUAUGUUCCCAUGAACCCAAACCUGCCCAGUGAAGACCCAAAUCUUUUUGGCAGUAAUAGUCUUGAUGGAGGGAGCAGUCCUAUGAUCAAGCCCAAAGGAGACAAACAAGUGGAAUACCUAGAUCUAGAUUUAGAUUCUGGGAAAUCCACACCACCACGUAAACAAAAGAGCAGUGGCUCGGGCAGCAGUGUAGCAGAUGAGAGAGUGGAUUAUGUUGUGGUUGACCAACAGAAGACCCUGGCUCUAAAAAGCACCCGGGAAGCCUGGACAGACGGGAGACAGUCCACAGAAUCUGAAACACCAACCAAGAGUGUGAAAUGAAAAUAUUGUUUUGCCGUUUCUGAGCAAAAGAGAACUGAAUUGUAAAGAUAAAUGCUAUUUGAAGGUGACUUGACAUUUCUACUCUAGGUAGAUCCUCAGAUGAGUAGAGUUGAAUUCGAAGGACCUUUCAGACAUAAUCGAGCAAUUUAGACUGUAAAUGGUGCUUUAUGGUAUCUGAACAAGUCCUAACAUGUAAAUAAUGUGGGAAAAUAGUAUUGUUUAGCUCCCAAAGAAACAUUUGUUCCAUAGUUAACACAUUUGUAGUAUUACUGUAUUUAUGCACUUUUUCGUUUAAAACAUCAGUUUUGGUAUUCCCAAUGUACCUUAACAUAAUUCCUUUGGGAGUUCCUGUUUUUCCUCACACUACUCUGUAUAACAAUACUAAGUUAACUAAGCUACUUUUAGAUUUGGAAAUUGCUGUUUAAACUACAGUCUAACAACAUUAAAAUGAGAAGUAAAUUAACAAGUUAGCUUCCUAUCUGAAAUUUCAGGUGUUAACCAUUAUCUUAAACUACAGAGUAUAGUUGGACUCAUCAUUCAUUGCCUUCCAGAAUGCUGAGGAUAAUGUAUGAACUGGUGUCAGGACCUAGUUCUCUGGUUCAUCUACAUUUAGUUCUCUGGUUCAUGUACGUUUUAAUGGGGGACUUUGUGAUAUUUUGUUAAUUACAGUGUUUCGGGUUCAUUGAAUGAAGAUUCUGCCGGGUGGGAUCUUACACCUUUAGAUAAUGACACUCUCAAGUAAGCCUGCAAAUCAUUGAUGGCAUGCAGUGAUGAUGUGCUCUUCACUUGUUAAUAUGUAUUAAAUGUUAUUUGCAAAAGGUAGAUUAUAUAACUAAUCAGGUACGUACCAGGCACUGAUGUGCUAAUACACUGAUCAGGUUUAGACAAUGAGUUUUAGUUGUAUCCUUGUUAGUCCUAAAAUUGGUUUCCAGUUUGGAAUUACUGAAACAGUUGAUAUUCACUGUUAGUUAUAGCAACAUACUGUGAUUUUUAAUUAGACAGUAAUUCAGAUUUAUUAAUCUAAGAAUGAAAUUCUAUCUUUUGACACCAUAGUGCCCUAUGAUUUUUUUUUUUUCUACUUAAUAUUCUUUUUGGCCUUAUAGUUAAAUCCCUAUGCAAUUAAUAUUUUAUAUCUGCAUUUUUUUAAGUAGAUGAUAUACAGGUGAUUCUCAUGUAGCACCUGUUGCUUUUUCAGUAAAAGAAUUAAGGAUUUUGUACUGUGAUUUAUAUUCAGUGCCCCAAUUUAAGAAAUAUUGGAGCCUUGCUAUAAUGUGAAAUCUUAUAGUCAUGGACCCCUUUCAACUACUUUUCUGAAACCACCAGAGGAAUGGUAUAAUUCUGUCUCACCUAUAACCUGGUCCUGUGACAUGGAUAUCAAGACCACAAAUUAUAGUGAGGCUACAGUUAUAUUCAUUUGUCUUAGCUUUGCAACAUAAUUUAGAAAGCAGGUAUGGUUAUUUGUUUUUUUUAACUAUUUACAUAAAAUCUUUUAUGUAUUGAUUUGAGGUUUACUAACAGCUUUUGGAGGGGGCUUAAAGAUAGGAGUGCCCACAGCGAAGGCAUGACUCCCUCCGUUCAGACCUCUGUUUCCUGAGUACACAGAUGUGCCCUGAUUUCUGGCCUGUUACACACAGUACUGUCCUAAUCAAUGUAAUAGGUUUAUUUCCAUGGUCCACAAACUAAAAAUGUUCGUGACAAGAUGAAUUGUAGACUAGUAGCUAUUUGAUGCUUUUAAGUGUUUGCUUCUUUUUAAACAAAAACUAAAACCCAGAAGUGAAUUUUGAGGUGGCUUUUAAAUAAAAAAGAUUGUUUCAGUUUGGUGUGCAAGCUGUUUUAUAAUGAAACCACAAAAUCUAAAAUCAUUGAAAUGUGCCUAAACUAUCAAAAACGCACAACACAGUUAUAUGGAGGAUGAACAUAUUUUGAAAUUUAUAACACAAUAAGUAUAUGAUUAAUUCAAAAAUAAAAAUCUUUAAAGCUGCCUAUCGGAAGAUUCUCAAGCAAUUAUGAAUGUUUUUAGUAUAAUAUCUUCUUAACUUUUUAUACCUUACUCACCAUUUUUGAACAUCUGCAGCACUACAAUUUUGUAGAAUUUUUUCCAUUAUGAGUAAUUUAAGAAUUGAAAUGUGUUAGAAAGGCAGUUUGCUUUAGAAAAUUAAGUCACAUCAAGCAUUAAGUAUUAACGAAUUACAUUCCAAACAUUUUUAGUACUAGAAUCUUUUUUUAAUAAAAUUUUAUGUGUAGCUCUAAUACAUAAAGCCGGAAAAGUUCAUUUUACCAGUAUAAAUGUGUUUUGAAUUCACAUUUGUGUUUAUUUACCUUAGUCCGUUACUAAGAAUAAGAUUUCUGAGUUAUUUCUGCAUAAAAUAAAUAUGGAGUUAUAGUUGAUGAAACCUCAGCAGCCGAUUUAUUUCUAUGCCUUGUUUUAUAUUCAUACUAUCAAGAAAAUUUGAUUCACACAAAUAUAAGUGCAAAUAAUAACAGGUUUAAACAUAUAUCUAAGGAGAUUCUUUAACUAGAGAUAGCUGAAGUUGUAUUUCAAGGUUUGUACACAGACAAAUUAUCCUGGUAAUGGAAACUAAUAUGUAAGCAGUCUCCAGUGUGGUAAAAUAGGGUAUGUAACACAAAUGUGCAUUUUUCAUUAAAUUUUAAAAUGUGCACUUGUGAAAACAAAAUUUAAAUCAAACCCUUUUAACUCACCUCCAAGAAGCUAGAUUUCGGCCAGGAAUGGGUUGAUGAAAACCACUGGAUAACCAUGUGACAGUUACGAUGUUACAAAUCAGAAGUCUUUUUCGCCCACAUUUGAUGUUCUCUACCUUUAUUCCUUAUUUUGAAAAACUAAGACUAUAAAGGUUGAACACCAAAGCACAGUUCUUUCAAAAAUCAAAAUUCAAACUUGAAGAAUUUAAGCUAUUUAACCCACAGAAGGUAUCACUCAGUAAGCUGUAAAAGAUAUUUUUUAUCUACACUCUAGUUUAUACAUUUUUAUCUUUAUCUAUACCAUAUAAGCUACUGUGAGCAUUUAAGAGAAUUCCUAAAGGUACUAUGGGUGUGUCUGUGUAUAUAUAUAUAUAGCAUUGUAUUGAAUCAUAGACUAAAUUUAGUUUGAUAUAGAAAUACUGCUAUACUUGUACAUUAAGGUCACAAUUUCUUCUGGACUCCUUAUAUUUAAUGGGGAUGACAAUUUUUCUAUUCAUAAAUGCAUUUAAACUGGAAAUUGAACACCAGUGUUUGUUUUUCUUUUUCUACUAGUGGGAAGUUUUCUGCUUUCUCGCUUUGGAGAACACAGUAUUUUUUAUAUUUUGUUAAAAUAUUAACUACUUCAUGCCUGUAUACUAUGCCAUAGAUGCUGAUCAUAACUCUUGCAUGUUCCCAGACACUCUUAGUGCCUCGUUUUUUGGCCCUUUGAAAGUGUUGGUAUUAGUAUUUUGCAUGACUACAAAACCUUUGGCACUUUAGAAACAAUGAAGUGGGCUGAUCCUUCCUAUUCCCAUCUUUGGGUUAUUCUGGUAGGUCUUGUCCUCCACUGUCAGAUGAGCAGUCAGGGACGGGGGUUGUACAUAUGACCAAAUCAAGUGUGUACCCAGAGGGAGAAAGAGACAUACAUCCUCUGAUAACAAUUACUGUCAGUAAUAUCUGUUGUUAUGUGCAGAUUUUUAUAUAAUUUAAAAGACAACUAUGAAAUGAAAAGCCAUAGUGUAAAUGAAUAUUGUAGACCUCAUGGACUUGACAUGAUGAAAAUCAGUUGUCGGGUUCUUGAGAUAAUUGUUUUCAGCUGUCUAAAUAUGUUUAUGUACUACUACAUUUGAAAUAAUUUAGUCUUCUCUUUCAUAGACCUAUUUUUCUUUAGGUUCAGUAUAAUCUCUUACAAGUUUCAGCAAACUGAUUAGUCAAGGGAUUAACACAGUUUCUACUUCCUUUAUAUAAAAAGACAUGGUUUUGUACGAGUUCUUAUAACCUAAAUUUAUUGUCGAUAAUCAUCCCAAACUUCAGCAGCAAAAUCUUAUGUAUAACUUUAUUUCUCCCCUCUUGAACAUCUUCUUUUGUAAAGAGCCAAUUGUAGAUAUUUUCUGGUACCAAAUAAAACUUUUCAAACA